AAAAACGAAAAAAAGGAAAAAAAAACCUGUGACCAAUCCGCGACUGACACGUCAUCAGCUGCACUACUGUAGAACGAAAACCAUUUUAUGCGCACUAAAACCUUUCUCCCACACUCUCACUAAAAACCCUAACUCCUCUACACACACACACACACACACACAGUCGUUUUAUAGAUUUUCUCUUUUUCUGGUAACAAAUAGUAGUUAGAUAUUUUGGUUUUUUUUUUUUUUUUUUUUAUUUGUUACUCAAUGGAGAAUAACGAUAUGAGGGAGACAGAUUUUCUGGUGGCGUCAAUUUCGCAGCUGUCGAUUUCCGGCAGUUCUUCGCCGCCGGUGGUGGCGCGUUUUCGCUCCGACUCGCUUCAAUUUGGAUUGGAGACCGAUUCGAGUGACUCGGUUCAGUUCGAUCUCCUCAACUGCCAGCUUUUCAAGCUAGGUCCUUUCCAAUCAUUGUGUAUAUCUGAAGCUUCUGAAAUAAAUAAAGAGAAAAGCUUUUCCAAGGGAAUCACCAUACAGUUUAGAAACGAGGAGGAAAGUAGACAAUUCCAUUCUGCAUUUGAGCAAUGGAAGAAAGAAGUGGUUGUUCAAGGGUCAUCUUUGCCAAAUGGAAUUGGAUCAUGUAUAAGCAAGUUCGACGACAAAAUAGAGGCGUCUUCUGCCAAAAUGUACUUCCAUUAUUACGGACAGCUUCUACAUCAGCAAAAUAUGAUGCAGGACUAUGUCAGGACAGGAACUUAUUAUGCUGCAGUCCUUGAGAACCGUGUUGAUUUUACUGAUCGUGUAGUAGUUGAUGUUGGAGCUGGCAGUGGCAUAUUGUCUUUGUUUGCUGCUCAGGCUGGUGCAAAACACGUUUAUGCUGUGGAAGCAUCAGAAAUGGCCGAUUAUGCCCGCAAGCUUAUAGCUGGGAAUCCAUCACUCAGCCAAAGAAUAACAGUAAUCAAGGGUAAAGUCGAAGAGGUUGAACUACCUGAGAAAGCCGAUAUUUUGAUAUCUGAACCAAUGGGCACUUUGCUAGUCAAUGAGAGAAUGCUAGAGUCAUACAUAAUUGCAAGAGAUAGAUUCCUUGUUCCGAAUGGAAAAAUGUUUCCAACUGUAGGAAGGAUACAUAUGGCGCCAUUCAGUGAUGAAUAUCUAUUCAUGGAAAUUGCAAAUAAGGCGUUGUUUUGGCAGCAACAAAAUUAUUAUGGCGUAAAUUUGACACCUCUACAUGGUACUGCUUUUCAAGGAUACUUCUCACAGCCAGUGGUGGAUGCUUUUGAUCCUAGGUUAUUGGUGGCUCCUGCAAUCUCCCAUGUGAUCGACUUCACUACUGCUAAGGAGGAAGAUUUGUAUGAAGUUGACAUUCCAUUGAAGUUUGUAUCUUCCGUUGGGACUAGAAUACACGGAUUAGCGUGUUGGUUCGACGUAUUGUUCAAUGGGAGCACUGUACAAAGAUGGCUUACCACUGCUCCAGGUGCACCGACAACACACUGGUACCAGCUUCGCUGUGUUCUUGCCCAACCGAUUUAUGUGAUGCCUGGCCAAGAAAUAACUGGACGGCUUCAAAUGGUUGCGCAUAAAGCUCAGAGUUAUACUCUCAAUUUAACAUUGUCAGCUAAAAUGUGGGGCCCGGGUGCCGAACAAGGAGGAAUACUUCAAACAUCGUCCGGCAAACUCGAUCUGAAAGAGCCUUAUUAUCGAAUGUCUCAACCUCAAACGUAUGCAACUUCUCAAGAACAACAACCAAAUCAACUUCUUCAAGCACAGGAUCUACAGUUACAAUCGCAGGAUGAAGAUGGUUUGGAUUUAUUGCAACAAAUUACUUGAAAGAGCUACAAAUUACUGUAGAAGAAAGUGGAGCUUCGGCUCAAUCCUUUACUUCUUUCUCUGUUGUAACUAUAUCAAUUUGCCGCACUUUUUAUCGUUCUACGUUUGCUUAGUGACCCGCAUUGUUCUCAUAAUCCAAGUUGAUGAAUAAUUUGGUUUGAAUCUAAUUGAAAUUUUUUGAGCAUCUAUUGUUUGCAAUUUAAGAAAGCAUAAAGCACACAAUUAAAUUUUGUAGUCCGAUUUUACUAUUUUGAUGACAUUAUAUUUGUA